AUGGCAGCCAUAACUAUAGGAAUCGCAGGCAUCACUGGCAAAUUUGCCCGUCGCCUAGUAGCGCACCUCCAAGGCCACGACGUGGUUAUUAGAGGCUACUGCCGCGAUGCUAGCAAGUUCUCAGCCUCCCCUAUUUCAUUACCGCAAAUCCAAAUAACCCAAGGCGAUGCAUUUGAUUCUGCCGCGGUACAGUCAUUCGUAAAAGGUUGCGAUGUUAUCGUUUGCUGUUAUCUAGGCGAUGACAAGCUCAUGGUCGAUGGGCAGAAAAUGCUGAUCGACUCGUGCGAGGAGGCGAAUGUUCCCCGAUACAUUGCUAGCGACUGGGCGCUCGACUACACAAAGCUAGAGCUAGGCCAGCUUUUUCCGAAGGAUCCGGUGAAGCAUGUCAAAGCCUAUUUGGACACGAAGAAGAACGUCAAGGGAGUCCACAUCCUCAUCGGAGGAUUUAUGGAACCCAUUUUCAGCCCGUUUUUCAAUAUUUGGGAUCCAGUAACAACAACGUUCCGGUAUUGGGGUGAAGGUGAUGAGGUGUGGGAGGGAACGACAUAUGACAACGCUGCUGAAUAUACAGCUGCUGUCGCUCUUGAUGCCAAUGCUACCGGGAUCCAGCGUUUUCUUGGUGAUCGGGCAACCAUCCAGCAGAUUGCAGAAUCCUUCGAAAAUGUCUACGGCGUAAAGCCCCGCCUUGAAAGACUCGGCUCAUUACACGAACUAUACAAGAAGAUGCAUGAGCUCCGUGCUAAGUAUCCCACUGAUAUCUUCAAGUACAUGUCAAUGUUCUUCAUGUACUACUGGAUCAACGGGCAGACAUUUGUGGGCCCAGAAUUGGACAAUUCCAAAUAUCCUGACAUCAAGCCAGUGAGUUGGGAGGACUUCAUGAAAACACGCACAGUGGACCAGCUGCCGGGUGCAUUCAAUGCCCUCGCUGGGGACUUUAAAGUAGGAGACAAGAGGCAAGCUAGCUAGUUAGAGAACGAGG